UUUUUCACAGAUAUUAUAGUAUUUUUAAAACAAUUUACAAACUAUGAUUAAUUUAGCUUUGGUUUGACUGUUUUUGUUUUAAAAAGACAUUAUGUAUCGCCUGUUAUAGUAAUAAAACUAAAAGCUUUUACUGAGCCAACCCUGGCUUAAACCCAAAGUCCCACGGCGUGCCUCACUGUGAGGCCUCACCCAUAUAGAAUAGAAUGUUCAUAUACAAUGUUGUGACCACUUAGCAUAUUAUUAUAGCAUGCACGGUAUUCUGCUUUUUAAUUUUAGAACCCAAAGGUGCUUACAUUUUACUUAAUUUACAAUGACAGCAAAACAACUGACAACUAAAAUUCACAAUCCCCCUGUUGAUGAAACAAUGCAGUCCAUUAUGAAGUCAUCAAUUCAUAGAAAACAUAAACUGCAAGAUAUUUACAACUUGGAGCGAAUACCGGAUACUUUGAACCAAGAUUGCAAAGUUAAAUUAUCCAACCUCAGCUCAUUGUCACUGAGGAAAUCUGAGGUUGACCUCACAACCUCUGACCCCGUGACUCCUGACGAGCGACCUUUAACCCCUAUAAACGAAAGCAUCCAGAGCCCCCCAAAGUCGUUUGCGAGCUUAUCCUCCCAUAUAAGGAAGAGGGUUCACCCCCGGCCGCAUUGGGAUUUUAUAUCAACAGAAGAUCAAGAGAGUCUUGCUGCGAUAAUCUUGGGUGAAGCAAAUGUAGUUUGGACGGCCCUUCGUAAACAAGUUCCUGAUCCUUUCCUCAUGGAUUGGCAGAAUAGGGAGUUACAAAGGAGGAUAAUGGUCCACAUAGUAACUGUAUGCGAGCAACUCUUCCUGUAUUACUGCGGCCACCUUAAAGUUCUCAACGCGCGUGGAGUGUUUAGCGAGGCAGCGAAUGUUUCAAGGAUCAGGGGACAAAUCGCAGUCGAUGCAGGGAAAUACAUGAAUAUUCUUGCCAUUCGCCGUCACAUCGUGGCCGACAUCAAGAAAUCAUUCAAACAUAAACACCAGCUUGCUAAGGUGGAUAUGGAUGCUCCUGCUGUAACUACUCUCCCCAGCAGUCUUUCGUUUCGUGCGCUCAUGCGGAAAAGUCGUCCGAAGAUAGAGAAAGAACAUCUCUUCAACAUGGGCAUAGAAAUCAAAGAUAUGAAAAACCAAAUGCCGGCGAUCGACUUUAGAAAAACAUAUAGCUCCCUCCAACGGUUGAUCCCUGUCAAGCGAUUCUACUCGGAUGACGAGAUGUUGGAAUCGGAUGUUGAUGAUCAAGAUGAGGGAGAUGAGGGCAUGGAAGAAGAUGGGGGGAUUAAGAGAGUUCGUAAAUGGGAUUCUGAACCUCAGCUUGCUACAAACUGGACUGAUGAACAAGUUGAAAAUGCUUCCCCCACCCCACACCCCCAGUCACGCAUUGAAUCACGUGCAACAAUGAAAACACCAAUCCAAGUUAAAUCAACCGUACGAGCUUCCAGCGCACCCAGGACUAACUAUAAAGGAAUAUCCGACUCCCACCUCCCAAUUCUCCCCUCCCCACGUGAAGACCUCAUGAUUAUGAUGAGGAAACAAAUGAAAGAAGAAACAACAGACCUCGAUGAUGGGACCAAUGUACCCGCUCUUAUACAAGCUAUUACAAGGAGAGAAAUUGACGACGAAAAAAUGAGAAGUUUAAAAAAAGAAGAAAACAGUUUUGUCAAAGCUGAGUUUGACCACGAGGUGGCGCCACCACCACCUAAAUAUCAACAACCAUCAAUUAAAGAAGUCAAACUGCCUGGCCUAAGCAACCCUGUUGACGGAAGCCCCACUAUUGUUAGAACAUCCAAUGAACAAGUAUCAGAUAAAGUUGAGCUACCGACUAUUACAUUGACAACAUGCGGUCCGUUGUAUAAUGAUCUAACUGGUGAAAUCUCCCCAAGUAUAGUGAAGGAACUCGACUCUAAUUUAUUCCAUGGUGAAGAAUUAACGGAGGUUUACGGUGAAAUAAUGAAAACGGUUCCUGAUGACCAUCUUAUGUUUAAUAAUGACGCUGUGGUAGUGACACCAGUUAAAGAGGUCGACAUGAGCAAGAUACGAAUGAAACACACCAACAACAACCAACACCAACCUAUCAACCCCAUGUUAAAAAUGGCGCAAACUCAACCGCAUUGGGAAGGAGAGGGUGAUUGGAAAUAUCAUCAACUCACGGAUUCUGUUGCUUCUCACGGAACAAAUCACAAAACAUCCCGUGAGUAUGCUUCAUGGUUAGCCUGGUGGAAAUCCACAAUCAACACAGAUGAUUAUUUAAAGUAUCUUUCAACACAAGAUUCAGACUUUCUUGGAGCAAUCUUCCAUUUUUACGACUCAGAAGCCUCGGAGUCAGUGGCGGGGAUGAGUUCCAACAGUGCGAGGGUUAAAGCUCAAAAAGAGUACGAGAUGAAAGUGGAGAAGAUACAAGCCAGUAAGGAACAUUACGAACGUGGGUUAUGGAACGUGAAUUCUGUUAUUUUGGGGGGGUUAGGGAAACUCCCUGAACUAGAUAAUGAAGAUGAUGUAACAAUGGAUGAAGGAUCUAUAGAACAAAGUUUUGCAAGGUUUAUGAGGCAGAAAGAAGAAAACAAUGAAAGUUAUCCGGUCACAAUAGCCAGUGUGAUGUCAGCAGAAUAUGACGAGAAGCAUGACUCGUUAUUUAGCGAAAUGUCGAGUUAUGUGGAGACAGCUAGUGGUAACGAAACAAGCCGAGCGAGGAAUAUAAGAUUUUUAUGGGACAGUGGGAACAGCACAGACGAAAGUUUAUUUUCGAGCAAUUUGACUUCAGGAAUUGGGAAAGAUUCGGAACAGUUUAGAGAACAGGAUAGUGAAGUUGAGAAGCCAAGGGUGAAACUGAAGAGUAGCAUUGAUUAUGUGAAGAUUUAUGAAAAAUCCAACAUUGCUCCAUCGCCAUCUAGCGGCCUAACCUUCCCAUCCACGACGAUGACAUCACAUGUGCAACAGACCGGAACAUACCAGCGAAGAUUUGAAAUUGUGUGGAAGAAGUUACAACUAACCAGGGAUGAAAGGGUUAAUAUUGCCAUGAAGUAUGGGGGUGAUGGGUUCAAUGCUCGCCUCAGUGAGAGCGUCGCAGCUUGGGAAAAAGUUUGUGAAUUUAUUUUGAAACGGGAGAAACUUUUACACGAGUUGGAAUUGUUUGAAAGAGAAGCUUCAGAUCCAAAGAGACUGCUACAAAAAGGUUCUUCAGUAAACCGACUGAAAGAAGCAAAACAAAGAUCAAAACUUUACAAGAAACUACAAAACGUGGACGACAUCAUAUACCCUUUGUUACAUAACAUUGAAAAAAGAUUUACCGAUGUUGUCUCAUUUAAAGGAAGGCCUUAUAUGGAUAAAAUGGAAUAUGAUAAGGUUGAGAUGUUAUACUGGUUGCAACAAGAACGUAGAUGUCACGCCCUUAGCAACAACGGACAGCAUGAACAACUUGCAUGUUUUGCUUCAGAUAAUUAUUUUAACCCACAAGUUACAAUACCUCAACUAAACCAAAGGUGUCCAGAUUCACAAAACUGAUGUUUCCAUUAAUUUAUGUUUAACUGAAAUAAAUAAAGAAUAUACAUUGCAAAUAAUGCUAUUGUAAGACUACCUUUUUUUGUAUAAAGGACAAACAAAGACAUAUUGACACCCACUGGUGUUCAGCGUGGACAUUUCUAUGUUUGUUUUUUAAGUGACGUUUACACUACAUCAUAGUUUGCUUAAAAAAAACAAAGAAAUAUCUACACCUAGCUGUGUUCAGUGCAGAUAUUUCUCAGUACGAACUAACCCUACAGUUAAAAUGCCCAAGUGUUCGCUUAACUUUAAAAUAAAGACGAAGUAUGUAU